AAAAAAAAACUUCCUUGGUGUCGCAGAGUGAUGACGUUUCUGUAGCGCUCCAUGAACGCAAUGGCUGCGCAUGCUAGCGAGCUUGAGAUUGCAAAGAAGAAUUUAACUGAUGCAAUUGGCGAUAAUGUCAAACACUACUGGGCAAACCUAAAGCUCUGGUUUAAACAGAAGAUCAGUAAGGAGGAGUUUGACGUCGAGGCACGUCGUCUUCUAGCACAGGAGAAUGUCCAUGUGCACAAUGAUUUUCUCCUGGCCAUUCUCACGCGCUGCCAGAUCAUCGUCUCCACACCAGAGGGUGCAGGGCCGUUACAGUGGCAAGGAGGCACUGCUUCAAAGCCCGGCAAACCAAAAGGGAAGAAGAAAUGUUCCUCCAGACAGAAAUUUGAUCACCGUUUCCAGCCUCAGAACCCUCUCAGCGCCGCCCAGCCUUUCAGCCCUCGAGAAAUAGGUGCAGGAGGAGUGGGAGGAGGUGAGGAGGAGGAGCUGCGUCUCAGUGCCCACACUCUCUUGCUGCCCACGCGUGGUCAGCUGGAAGCUCGCAUGAUGGUGACGGCCUUUGAGCUGGGUCUGGAUAACAUCACAGAUGAUUCUGUCAACACCAUGAUCCAUGCUGUUGAGCACCACCUAAAAGACGUCCUGACGGCUGUUAUCACAAGGAGGAAGGCCUAUCGCUUACGGGACGGUCAUUUCCCAUAUGCCUUUGGCAGUGAUGUCACGCCGCAGCCUUAUCUGAAGAACAGCCUUGCUGCUUAUCACAGUGUCACUGAAUGUCCCCCUCCCAGUGCUUCUCUCCCUGCUGGCCCACCACCUCAGGUGUCACCUGAUGAGGCCGAGCAACAAGCUGUUCACUUAUUGGCUUGUUCUGCAGACAUGCUCCCUGCACCCCUUCCUCCAAUCAGCAUGUUUGAUCUGCUGGAGGCUUUACAGGUUCACCACAAUGUGAUGCCCUCCCACACCAUGUAUGCUCUGAACAUGGAGCGCAUCCUCACACGCCUUUGGCACCCAAGCCACGAAGAACUGGAGCAGGACCAUGUUCACCGACAGCGCCUGGCUGCCAAAGAGGGCGUCCUCGUCAGCUGAGAAACACUGACGCAGGACUUAUGUGAACUGUGGAUAUCAUCAGCAAACAGACGUGAAGAAAUACCCAUGUGGAAAAUGCUGGGUUAGAGAAACUGAGGACCUUUUAUAAUAAAAGGUGAAGAGUGCUUCCUUGUUACAUAAAAAGAUAAAAACAGGAAUGGAGCAAGACCAAACAAAACAUUUGGGCAGGGGACACAAAGUAGGCGGUCUGCUUCAGACAAAAGCUGGCAGAUUAUCUUUGUGGUUUCCACAAGCAACUUUAGUGGAUAACUAGUCUUCAUUCAGAGCGUCAUUUCAAAUAUUUCUAGUGUUUGAAGUGAGGAUGUGUCGGCAGCUACAAGCACAAGCGUGUGAAUAUGUGGUUUUAAAAAGAAUAAACUGUGGUUCAUGCUGUUAGAUCUACACCACAUAAACAUGAAGCGUCCCACCCUGAACUAUCGAGUACAUGAGCCACAACAUAUUUCAUGAAAGGAAGCGCAAGAUGUGACUCACAGGUGUGUUCACUUAUCUGGACUGGUCGGGUCCUCCACGUGUCAAAAUCCAAUUCUUUGUCUUCAGUGCAGCUGCCCUGACUAAGAUUUCUGCAUUCCCUUUGCUCCAGUACUUCAUCCUGACACUGUGCCUUGAGCUUUGACUGUCUCGCUCAUACAUCUGUUUCACUCCACAGCACAAGAUGUAAACAUUUUUGAAAAAAGGUAUGAAUUGGAGACGGUGUAUUAUUCACAACAUGACUGCAUUGCUGUUAUUUUUCUUUGCAUAGAUCUGUUAUUUUUGAAUAGUUUUCUAUUGUCUGUGCAGUCUCACCAGCUCGAUAGGAGCAUUGUCAGUCCCAGUCUGUGCAGAGGAUUGUUUGUCAGAAUACCCCCCCCCCCCCCCCCCCCCCAAAAAAAAAAAAGCAUUCAAGCUUAUAUAAUGAAAAUUGAAUUGUCAUGUAGUAGGAUGUCCUUGGAUUUCUCACAAAGUUUAUUUGGACAUAUUACAUUUCUUUGAGAUGUAUUUACUAUUAUGGAAGUGUAGAUAUUUGCAGCCCUAUUUUCAGCUUUUGAGCUAACAUACACAAUUGUUAUAUACUCAGCUCACUCACUAUAUACAAAUAUAGUUGACAAAACCAGAAACUAUCCUGCCUUCACAGGUGAAACAGGAAUUUCAAUCAAACUUCUGUCUAUGCAGGAUCCCCAAUACAAAGGUCUAAUCAAGCAGUAAGUGAAGACACGUGUGGGUUUACUGUGGGUGUGUAGGCUCUUUAAAAUCUGCUGGACAGCUGCCUUCUGUGUCAUCCCGCCCCUCAUGAGCAUACCAUUGCAGAGAUAUUCCUUAAAACUGUAUAGGUGUCUGGUUUAAAGCCAGUGAGCAUCCAUCAGUGUUAGUGGUCCAAAAUGUGUGUACAGAGAGAUUUUUUUAUUGCUCUGCUCUGAUAAUUUCUGUUUGCCAUGUUGUUGGUCCACAGAAUCCAGUUUAGGUUCAAAUGUGUAAAUGUGUUCUGUAUUUUUAUACACCAGGCUUGUUUGUAAUUUAUAUUAGUUCCAAAAAUAAAGUUUUUUCUACAUGUUCA